UCCACAAUAGCAUCAAAAAGAAUAAAACACAGAGCUCCGGUGGCAACCAUGGCAUAUACCGGCCUCACGGUGCCUCUCAUUAUGAUGAGCAUGUUCUGUGGCUUCAUCAGCUUCCUAGUGCCCUGGUUCAUCUGUAAGGGUCCCAACCGGGGAGUUAUCAUCACCAUAUUGGUGACCUGUUCAGUUUGCCACUAUCUCUUUUGGCUGAUUGCAAUUCUGGCCCAACUCAACCCUCUCUUUGGACCACAGUUGAAAAAUGAAACCAUCUGGUACCUCAAGCAUCACUGGCCUUGAGGAAGAAGACCUGCUCGCCCGUGCUCAGUCACUGAGGCCACGAAGAGAACUCCUCUGGAUGCAAAGUCACCUCCACACCCAGACCACCUUCCUUAACUCAACCGUUUUAGCCAUCAACUGCCUUAAAUGUUCCCACCACAUUUGAAUGCCUUAUUCUACAAUGCAGUAUUUUUUCUGGUCACCUUUCUUAUUACACUUUGAUGAAUGAUGUACCUAUUUAACCUAAAGUAUGCUGCCUCCAUAAAAUGUUUAUGUACUCUUCUGAGAUAGAAAGUGCUGUUCUUCGGAGAAAUAAUGUUACUCUCUCCUUGGAACCUGUGGAUUUGAAGAUGGCUCCUGCCUGCUCUCAACAUGGGAAUCAGCGAAAUGUUUAAGAACUGUUACAAGGCAAUAAGACUCCAGUGGGGCAGUCAGUAGGAGAACAUGUUCAGAGGGAAAAAUCUGUCUCACCAGAAUUAUAUCAAAGUAUAUUUUCAGGAUGAAUUUCUUAUUUCUGCUAUCUUUUAGAAUAAAUUAUUUUUCUGCUUUCCAUGGAAAAAGAAAGAAUAAGAUAU